UGUGGCUAAAACGCCAUCUGUAUAUUACUGCGAUGACAUUGAGAGAACUAGAGGUAGAGGAGCCCUUUCGCAGUGGUCGAAAUUAAUCGUGGGAUAUCACGCGGCUGUUCCUUACAAAACAAAACUAUGAUGGCAAGCAAGGCUUGGAAGGUAGUCCAGCCGCAUGUACCGAUGAUCAAGUUCCGCAAGGGUGGCAUCAAUCGCGCAGCAGUUGCGGGCACGACGGCCGCGCCACCUACGCGGUCAGGGUCGGCGCAAAUGCAGCAAAGUGCGGGUGGUGCGACGGGCCCCCGGGUGAUCGUUAUGCCGACGAUAGAGGACAUUCACUUACCACCGCGAUAUCAGAGACGGCCGAUAGAUCAGAAGGAAAUAGAAUAUAUCAAUCGUGGUGGACCAGAGUGAAUUUGUAAAGCAAGCAUUUAGGAUAACUGUAAUUAACUUUGUUAUUGACCGACUCGGUAUAAUGUGUUGUUAAAAUAAAUGGACGUGAC